ACUAUGGCGAUUUUAGGGUUUAAGGUCCGAGAGUGUGCCACUCGUUGCUGCCAAUCGAUCAUCUGAAUUGUGCAUCAUGGUCGAGAAUUGUGACACCAGAUUGCUCAAGUGGAAAAACUUUAACGGUCGGUGUUGUUCAUAAUGAAGAUUAACUGUUGCAGUGUCUCGGGAAUGAUUUUUUCUGUCUAGGGUAGGGAAGGAAGUGGGAUGUGGAGAAGACUGGGAUUGCGCACAAUUGGUAAGGAAGAUGGGAAAGCUGAGCGCUGCUGCCGGCGGGGCUGGGAAGCGGGCUUUGAAGCGCCUCCUUGAGCCCCCGAUCGACACACUUUCCAAGGUUUUGCUGGUUGGCAGGCCCAAUGUGGGGAAGUCGGCUUUGUUCAACAGGUUGACGAAGAGGCGGGAAGCGCUUGUUUACAACACCCCAGACAGCCAUGUCACGCGCGAUGUGCGGGAGGGCGUGGCAAAGCUGGGGGACAUGCGGUUUCGCGUCAUGGACACUGCAGGGCUGGAGACAGAUGCCGAGGCGGCCAGUGUCUUGUACAGGACUGCGGGCCUCACGGCUGCAGCACUUCGGAAUUGUCAAAUUGCGCUUUUUCUUGUUGAUGGCAGAUCUGGGGUUCAGCCGCUGGAUGCUGAAGUUGGAAAGUGGCUCCGCAAGCUUGCGCCAAACGUGCGUGUGAAGGUCCUCCUCAAUAAAGCUGAAGGAAUGCAUGAUGAUGCCAGUGGCUCACUUAUGGCAGCCAUGGGGGAGGCCUACAGUUUAGGUUUUGGCACACCUGUAGCUAUCUCUGCAGAGUCUGGACUGGGCUUAGCAGAUUUGUAUGAAGAUUUGCGGCCGUGGGUGGAAACAGCCCAGGAAGCGUUGUUGGCUAAACGAGCAGCGGCAAAUUUGCGUGAAGAAGAAUCUGCUGCUGUAGAAACUGAAUUGGAAUUUCGAGUAGAUGAACCUGCUGGAAGUGGGCUAGAGAACGAGCUCAGUUAUAAAGGAGAGCUUUCAUCUUUGGAAGACAUCUCUAUCAAUAGCGAAGUAAGACUUUCUCUUGGUGACACUGACGAAUUUGAAACCAAGUUGAAUUUGAACGAAGAGAACGAGGCAUUGAUGAGUGAAGCCGAGUUGAAGAGGGUGCCAAUGCAGUUGGCAAUAGCCGGGCGUCCUAAUGUUGGCAAAUCUACACUUCUUAAUUCACUAUUAAUGGAAGAACGUGUGUUGACUGGGCCGGAGCCUGGAUUGACUCGUGAUUCUAUUAGAGUAGAAUUUGAGUACGAAAACCAGAAGAUUUUCCUUGUUGAUACUGCAGGUUGGAUGCAGCGAAAGAAGUUGAAAGAGGGGCCUGCUGCUUUGAGUGCAAUGAAUGCGCGUCGCAACGUUCAACGAGCCCACGUCGUUACACUUGUUUUGGAUGCUCAAGAGAUCGCUGAGACUAAGAGAAGCAUGCGGCAUACGGAAGCUGCCCUUGCUCAGUGGGUGGUUCAAGAAGGUAGAGGCCUCGUUGUUGUGGUUAAUAAAAUGGAUUUGCUGGCGGGAAGUGAGCAUGCUCGGUUAAGAUCACUUGUCAUGAAAGCUGUUCCUGAAGAAAUAACGAAACUCUUACCACAGGUUACGGGAGUACCUAUCGUAUUUGUAUCUGCGCUCGAGGGUAAGGGGCGGGCUGCUGUAAUGCGACAUGUGAAUGAAAGUUAUAGGCUGUGGUGUGUGCGGCUGCCAACAGCGAAACUCAAUCGUUGGAUUCGCAAGGUCAUGAGUCGGCAUCCGAAAGGUGGUGAGGGUCAUGGAGCUAAAGUGAGGUACAUAACUCAAGUUAAGGCUCGGCCGCCAACAUUUGUUGUAUUUGUGAGUGGGCAAGGCAAGCUUGACGACACUGAACUUCGAUUCAUUGCUUCUGCUCUUCGAGAAGAUUUUGGCCUAGUAGGAAUUCCUAUUCGUGUAUUUCAACGGUGUAGUAAAGAUCAGCGUACCGUCGAAUAGAGAAACCUGUAAUUGGGUGAAUGGUUGAGUAGAUGGUUUACGUUUUUGCACUAAUAUUCUUGAAUGCUUGUCUCAAUAAAUAAAACGAACAAUCAAAGAGUGUUCAUGUCAAUUUGAAUGCGAGGUAAUCGAUCUAGUUCAGGAAAUUGUGAUCUUGGAACUGCUUGCCAAAAGGCUGGUGUGUUGACCAAUGCGCAGAUUAUACGCCAGUUUAACCAUUUUUUCACGUA